AUGACGUCAGACACUGCACUUAACUCCCAGCGAGUUUUUAAGAAGGCAUCACCGAACAAUAAACUAACUUUGUAUUUAACCUCACGGGAUUUGGUGGUGGAGAAUGGCAGCAUCGAUAAAAUACAAGGAGUGAUUCAUGUGGAUACUGACAACUUGGAAAACAAAAAGCUAUUCGGACAAGUGACGUUAACUUUCAGGUAUGGUCGCGAGGAUGAAGAGGUUAUGGGACUCAAAUUCUGCAAUGAAGCUAUUAUGAGCCUGGCACAAAUAUGGCCUGUACAUUGCAAUUUGGAUAAGGAACCAAAUACACCAUUGCAGGAAGCUCUAAUAAGGAGAUUAGGAGCGAACGCUUUUCCUUUCCACCUGGAGUUGACUCCCCUUGCACCGCCCAGUGUACAACUGGUUCCUGCCAAACAGUACCACGGAGCUCCGAUAGGGACGUCAUAUGACGUGCGAGCCUUUAUUGCUGAACGAGCCGAUGAAAAGGUAUCACGUCGGAACACUGUACGUAUGGGAAUCCGAGUCUUGCAAGGUCCAGGGAAGAUGUCCAUUCCACCAACACUGCCCCCGGAUUCUCCACAUCAUACUUUCGGCAAUCUGACACAUCACAAUGUUUUGAGACUAAAAAACAAAACUAAAUUAGAAGCUGAUGAGAACAGUAGGAGAAAACGAGAUCAAAUUGAAACAGUAGAGCCAACUCCACCUCGAACUACUGUGGAGAAACCAUUUCUUUUAUCAGACGGCAGAGUGGAACUUGAAGCGUGGCUGGAUAAGGCGACAUACUCACAUGGCGAGUCGAUACGUGUCAAUAUUCUUGUCACCAAUCAUUCAUCUAAGACCGUCCGGAGAAUAAAGGCGCUAGUCGUUCAACAUGUCGACGUGUGUAUGUUUUCGAACGGCAAGUUCAAGAACGUUGUAGCAUUGGUUAAGGGAACCGGCACUCCAGUACUUCCUGGACAGACGCUCACUGAUGCUUUUACACUUACACCGCAUAAAGGAGCUACUAAGAAUUGGAUAGCGCUAGAGGAUUCAUACUCAAAAUCAGGUGCAAGUCUCGCUUCAACAGUAUUGUGUAACUCCGACUCACCCGAAGAUCGAAAUGUAUUUGCAAUUUACGUUUCGUAUUACGUAAAAGUUAAACUCACGCUAAGCGCUAUGGGGGGUGAAGUUUCUGCCAAACUGCCAUUUACAUUAACCCACUCGUGCAUUAACGAAGCACCAACUGACAGUGUUAUAGAAGAAGCCACACAUAAAAUGAUUUUAGAAGGUAAAGAAAACAGCGAAGAUGAGGAUAGCAAAGCUGAAGCAGAAAAUGAUAAACAGAACAAUAAUGGAAAUAAAGUAGAUGGAACCAGGAACGAAGCAGAGGACACUCUCAAACAAGAGAACAGAUGUGUUGCAGACGUUCUCGUGAAUAUUGAGAAUAAAGUAAGCGAUAGGCCGAAGAAGUUUGAGGGACAGACGGAGGUAAGAAAUAUUAAGCCCAACGAAGAGGAAUUGGAUCUGAUUGUAAAAUAUCCCGGUUCUGAUACGUGA